UUUCUUCCCGUGUCUCUCCCGCCUCAUUUCCAUCCAAGCCAAUGGGAGCGCGCUACUAAGCUCUCCCUCACUCUUCCGGCGGCCCCCCUCAGCGGCGCCGGGUAGCAACGAUGGACGCUGAGGUGCAACAGGCCCUGCUCAAUUAUUACUGCCAAGAAGGCUACUUCCACCACGUCCGGGCUGCGGCGGAUGAGGCGCUGGGGCGACUGGGCAGCGAUCCGGUGUUCCUUUUCUACCGGGCCUACGGCGCCCUGAGGGCAGGUGACAUCCAAGAGGGUAUUCGACAGUUGGAGUCAAUUAAAAAUAAACAGGAGGUGUCACUCUGUACAAUGAUGGCUCUGAUUUAUGCCCAUAAAAAGAGCCCUAAUCCAGAUCGAGAUGCUAUUCUAGAGUUGGAUGCAAAAAUGAAGGAGCAACGUAAAACAGCAGGACAGCAGACUCUGUACUUUGCUGGCUUAUUUUUGUGGCAUCUUGGUCGUGAGGACAAAGCCCGUGAAUAUGUUGAUAGAAUGAUCAAAGUUUCUGGUGGUGGUAAAGAGGGGUUGAUUUUGAAAGCAUGGCUUGAUCUUACCUCUGGGAAAGAAACUCACAUUAAAAAAGCUGUGAAAUACUUUGAUGAAGCACUGCAGGAAGGCAAUGAUGUUUUUGCUCUGCUUGGUAAAGCACAGUAUUUUGAGGUCCGACAGAAUUAUUCAGGAGCUCUGGAAACUGUGAACCAGAUAAUUGCAAACUUUCCAAACUUCAUUCCUGCUUUCAUAAAGAAAAUGAAGCUACAACUAGCCUUGCAGGACUGGGAGCAGGCAGUUGAAACGGCACACAGACUACUGCAGAAAGAUGCCCUCAAUUUAGAAGCCAUAAGAAUGGAGGCCCUGCAUUAUCUUUGCAGAGAAGGAAAUAUAUCUGAGGCUUCAGCAAGACUGGGAGACCUAAUUAAUGCACUGGAUAGGUUAGAACCACGUAAUUCGCAGCUCUUCUGUAAAAUGGCUGUAGCUUUCAGUAGAACAUGUGGCCGGAACCAACUCAUCCUUCAACAUACACAAACCUUAGUUGAAAGAGCAUCUGAUUUGGCAUCUGACAAUGCAGAAUUUGCUACUGAACUUGGCUACCAAAUGAUUUUACAAGGGAAAGUGAAAGAAGCUUUAAAAUGGUACAAGACUGCUAUGACACUUGAUGAAACAAGUGUUUCUGCACUCACUGGGAUUAUCCGUUGUCAACUAAUACAAGGACAAUUAGAAGAUGCAGAGCAGCAGUUGGAGUUUCUUAAUGAAAUUCAACAGUCCAUUGGGAAAUCUGGGGAAUUAGCUUUCUUGCGUGCAGUCCUAGCUAUGAAAAAGCAUAAGAGACAAGAAGAAGUUAUUGCCUUACUGAAUGAUGUUCUGGAUACUCACUUUUCGUCUUUGCGUGGUUUUCCUCUUGGUGUGGAAUAUUUUGAAAAACUAAAUCCUGAUUUCUUGCUAGAAAUCAUUAGGGAAUAUCUGAAUUUUUGCCCAGCACAGCCUGCAAGUCCUGGACAGUCUCCUUCACCACUUCUCAAGCACUGUGCUUCUGUUCUUGAAACUGUGGUAAAAACUGUGCCUGGUCUUCCACAAGCUGUCUUUUUAAUUGCAAAAGUGAAAUACUUGUCAGGGGAUACUGAAGCAGCCCAUAGUAAUCUACAUUACUGUCUUGAAAGGAAUCCUUCUUAUGCAGAUGCACACUUACUGAUGGCCCAGGUGUAUUUGGCUCAAAACAAUAUUAAACUAUGUUCUCAAUCCUUGGAACUUUGUCUGAGCUACAAUUUUGAGGUGAGAGAACAUCCUGUUUAUCACUUAAUUAAGGCCCAAACCCAGAAGAAGAUGGGAGAAUUAUCAGAAGCUAUUAAGACUUUACAGAUGGCAAAGAAUUUGCCUGGAAUGAAAAAAUGCACAGCUUCCUCAAAAACUAAAGGAAAAAGAAUUGAAAUUGAUGCAAGUGAUCGUGUGUCUGUCUUCCUAGAGUUAGUAGAAGCUCAUCGUUUGAAUGGAGAACCGCAUGAAGCUGCUAUCAUACUGCAAGAUGCCAUUAAUGAAUUUUCUGGAACUCCUGAGGAACUAAGAGUCGUGAUUGCAAAUGCAGAUCUGGCAAUCGCUCAAGGAGAUGUUGAACAAGCCUUGACUACGCUCCGAAAUAUUACACCUGAACAGCCUUACUUUGUACAAGCUAAAGAAAAAAUGGCAGAUAUUUAUCUUCAGUAUAGGAAAGAUAAGAAAUUAUAUGCUGGCUGCUAUAGAGACCUAGUAGAAAAACUGCCAAGUGCUCAUACUUUUCUUCUUCUUGGUGAUGCGUACAUGAAUAUUCAAGAGCCUGAUGAAGCCAUAGAAGUCUACGAGCAGGCCUUGAAGAAAAAUCCCAAAGAUCCUGCUUUAGCAAGUAAAAUUGGAAAAGCCCUAGUCAAAACACAUAACUAUUCAAAGGCCAUCAGCUACUAUGAGGCUGCGUUGAGAAGUGGUCAACAGAAUUUCCUUUGCUAUGAUUUGGCUGAGCUUUUGAUGAAACUGAAGCAGUAUGAAAAGGCAGAAAAAGUACUUCAUCAAGCUUUAGAUCAUGAGCCUGUUAAUGAAUUGUCUUCUCUGAUGCAAGAUGGACGUUACCAGGUGCUUCUGGCAAAAAUUUACAGCAAAAUGGAGAAGAUUGAUGAAGCUAUUGUUUCAUUACAACAGGCUCGGGAAUUACAAGCCAGAGUGCUUAAACGGGCUCAAAUAGAACAGCUGGAUGCAGUUCCUGCACAGAAACAGUUAGCGGCUGAAAUUUGUGCUGAGAUUGCAAAACAUUCUACAACCCAGCGAAACUAUGAAAAAGCAAUUAAAUUUUACAAAGAAGCUCUUGUUCACUGUGAAACUGAUAACAAGGCGAUGUUGGAACUUGCACGUUUAUAUCUUGCACAAGAUGAUACUGAUGCCUGUCAACAUCAGUGCUCCUUAUUACUGAAGAAUGACCAAGAUAAUGAAGCAGCAACAAUGAUGAUGGCUGAUCUCAUGUUCAGGAAGCAAGAUUAUGAACAAGCUGUCUUUCAUUUCCAGCAGCUCCUAGAACGCAAGCCAGAUAACUAUGCAACUCUCUCACGAUUAAUUGAUCUGUUAAGAAGAGCUGGAAAACUAGAAGAAGUCCCAAGAUUUCUUUUAAUGGCUGAAAAACAUUCUUCCAGAACAAAGCUUGAACCAGGAUUUCACUACUGCAAAGGACUGUAUCUUUGGUAUACAGGUGAACCAAAUGAUGCACUCCGGCAUUUUAAUAAAGCUCGAAAGGACAGUGACUGGGGACAGAAUGCAGUCUACAACAUGAUUGAAAUUUGUUUGAACCCAGAUAAUGAAACUGUGGGUGGUGAAGUCUUUGAAAAUUUGGAUGCUGACAUAGGUAAUUCAACAGAGAAGCAGGAGUCUGUGCAGUUGGCUGUAAGAACAGCAGAAAAUCUUCUGAAGGAACUCAAGCCUCAGACUAUUCAGGGUCACAUUCAACUGCGAAUCAUGGAAAAUUACUGUCUCAUGGCUACCAAACAAAAAUCAAGUGUUGAACGAGCACUGAACACUUUCACUGAAAUAGUAGUGGCUGAGAAGGAUCAUAUACCAGCACUUCUGGGAAUGGCCACAGCCUACAUGAUCUUAAAACAGACUCCACGAGCCAGAAAUCAGUUAAAACGGAUUUCAAAAAUGAGCUGGAAUCCUAUUGAUGCAGAGGAGUUUGAAAAGAGUUGGCUUCUGCUUGCAGAUAUAUAUAUUCAAUCUGCAAAAUAUGAUAUGGCAGGUGAAUUAUUAAAACGAUGCCUUCGUCAUAACAGGUCAUGCUGCAAGGCUUACGAAUACAUGGGAUACAUAAUGGAAAAGGAACAAGCAUAUAAGGAUGCAGCAAUAAAUUAUGAGAUGGCCUGGAAAUAUGGAAACCAAACGAAUCCAACAAUAGGAUACAAGCUGGCUUUCAAUUACCUGAAAGGAAAGAGAUACGUUGAUGCAAUUGAUGUUUGUCAUAAGGUCCUUGAAGCACAUCCAAACUAUCCAAAGAUCAGAAAGGAAAUACUUGACAAGGCCCGUGUAUCACUAAGAACAUGAAUUUUUUUUUUUAUGGCUGAUGGACUUGCUUGUUUAAUCUGACUUCAGAAACUAUGAAUGAAAUACUGUUGUGAUGGAGACUGUAUCAGCACAAAAGUAUCGUGAAUAUGAGUAACUUAAUUAUACCAGAGAUCUGGAUUAAUUUCAAGAAAAAUCUGCAGCCCUGAAAGAAAUUCUAUUUCUUCUCAUUCAGGAGAAAAUACUGCUUACAUGCGUACUAUGUAAAGCAUCAUCCAGCAUCAUAUAAAAAUGUCAUCAGCACUAUAAAAAAUGCUUUAAAGUAUGUAACUCGGUAUUUUGCUUUGUCCACUUGAAAUAGGACUCAAAACAAUAGCAUAUCCUAUCUAGUGCAAGUGCAUUGUUAAGAUGCUGGGUUUCAGUUCAUGUAAACCCUUCAUUCAAAAUUACAGUGUAAUCUUUAUUACUACAGAUAUAUUUCUAAAGUAUGGCGGGGUUUUUUACAUAUACUAUAAGCAUGCUUCAUUUUUUAACCUCUAAAACCAGCUAUGUAUGUUGUUCUCAAUGAAACUUACAUUUUUAUUGAAAAUCUAAUAUUUAAAAUUAAGAUCUUAUGUAAAUAUGCAGUAAAGGCUUUUAUAGACCAUGCAAGUCUUAUACAGAACGUAUUUUCUACUCGUGCUAUUAUCCACCUGUCAGAUUUCCAUGAAGAGAAAUGUUUGACAUCUUCAAUUUGGAGUGUUUAGUCUUUCAAUAUUGUAUGCGUAGACAGCACAGUCAUAUGUGCAGAUGUUAGGACUCAUUUUGUUUAAUCCAUAUAAAACACCUUUCUGGAGAAAUCAUGUUGUUUGCAAGGGAUUUUGAUCUUGUCUCCCCAUACAGAACAUACCUGUAGAUCUUUAAGGGAGCAAUAACAUACAAUAAAUGAAUGAAAGGAAGAAGGCUCAUUUUUUUUUUUUUUUAGUAAUGCAGAAUUUUUGUAAAAACAAAUGCCUAACAAAACCCACUGUUAUACUGCUGUAUUUGGUUUUCAAACAGCACUUGAUGUUGUAUGUAUUUGACUAGAAGAGUAUGUUUUGGCAUGAAAGGGGAGUUCUGAAUACUAGUGAUUAAGUUUCUUAAAAUAACCAAUUUCAGUUUCCUCCUUAGGUAGUUUUAGCUUUUCAUGCUGACAUUGUGUAAAGCCACUUUCACUUGAUUUUUGGGUUUCUUUCUUAUGACAACUGAAUGUUAAGGGUGCGAAAGGGAGCUUGUUUACAAUCAUAUCUAAUCUUGCUUAUCAAUAACUGUGUGCUGUAUCUUGGGUAACUUUAUAGCCUUGUUUCCUAAACAGAUUGACAUGCAUCAUUUAAGCAGUGAUGCUACCUACUGGUGGUUUCCAGGCUCUGCAUUCCAGUAACUUCUGAGCUGUUGGUCAGCUAAACUGAAAUUAAUACAUGUAUCUCAGGACUGUAACACUUCUACAAGUUUUGUAUGAAUAUUAGAAUGAGAAGAUACCCAAAUAAGCAGCCUCUCCUUCCCCAGGGAACCUUGAAACUUACACUGUAGCUUUAUCCCUUCUGUUUGAGCGCUGGCAGUCAGUGUGUAUGUAACUGUACUGGGCACAGUACAGGCUCCCUGUUUUUUGCCUGCAAGUUGUGCAGCAUGAUAGAGCUCUGAGAAAAAUGAUUUAGGAGACUGGGGAAAAACUGAUGGUAUAGGAGACAAAUGACAAACAUGGAAGGAUCUGGAAAAUGUUGAGGAUUGGGGUGAGGGGACUAUAAGGGAGCUGGGCUGUGGGGGUCAGUAGACUAUGAAUUCUUAAACUAUGCUGUUUUGACACCACCCCACCCCCCCACCCCACCCCCCCCGCUAAAAGAAGUAAUACAUAGGCCUUACGAAGGUAGUUUCUAGUAAAACAGCAUUUCUUUGUACACAGCCCUAUUCAUACAGGAUCAAUGUGGUUUUGCUUCUUCAAUAGCAUUGGAAGAAUCUCUAGCUGAAGUUUAGAACAAAAAUAGGUGGGUUAUAUCAAUAUAUGCCAGAUGUAUUCAAAAAAGGCAAGACUAUUCUACAUUGACUUGAUUUUGUUAUUAUCAUGAGCAUAAGAUGGACAUUACCCUUCCAUAAGAUGGGUAACAGAUUACAUUUUGACACUUAAGAUACAUAAAUUAGUUGAUAAAAAUUGAACUGAGACUUGAAGCUCUUUGUGGCUAACUUUUUUGGUGGAGAACUUUAUUCAUAUAGGUGGCUAUAAGUAGUCCUUUAGACUACCAGAAGAAAUAAAUGGCCUUUCCAUGGUUUAUGUAAGCCAAUUUAAGUUUUCCUGUCUGUUCUAAAUCUUUUUUUACUUUCUCUGCAGAAGGAAUGGCUUUGUUUCAGUUUGCUUUACUCCAACUAAUGGAGAGUGUUGAUUUCAGCUUUUCUUCUGCUUUUACAAUUUCUUAUUUUAAAAAUGCAUGUCUUGAUAGCUUUUUUUUUUUUAAGGUCCUUUCUUAAUAAAUGGCUUUGAAUGGAAAAGACUCCUGGGAUGCAGGGGAGUCAGUAAUGCUAAUUUCAAAGGGCUGCAGUCUUUAGUGUUGCUUAGCAACCAUCUUCCAGUUUUGCCUUUGGUGAAUAAGAGAGGAGAGUGAAGCUGUGGUUUCUAUUGAUUCAUUCACUGAAACUGGAAAUCCAAGCAUCUUGUAGCUAUAGCAACAUAAGCCAUAGGUGUCUAUUCCUCUCCUCUCUUGCCCCCCUUUCCCUUGCAGGUAUAUAUCUUCUAGAGUAUAUAUAAACAUUUUUGGUAACAGUGUACUAAAUACUUUUGGUUUAAUUCCCUACUGCUUUUUUCAGAUUUGUACCAAUACUAGAAAGAUGGUCUAGAAAGUAUCAUUAGGUGAAAUAAUUAGCAUAAUUAGCUAAAAUAACUAAACUAGCAAGACUCUUACAGAAAAUAAGAACGGGUUUUUCCCCUGUCUUUGGGCUAGGUUUGACUAUCAUGAGUCACUUCUCAAAUGUGGCUACAGUAAUUUUUAGAAAGGUUCAUAACUCUUGUUUAACAAGAUUAAGGUUUAGGUUACUAGCCAUUAGAUGAGUGAGUAGCUUUAUAAACAUAAUGGUUCACACAGAGUUUAUAGUGUUAGAGAAUUUGUUGAAAAUUUUCUGAAUGAAUUGUCUCUGAAAGUGAUCCAGCAGACAUUUCAGGGAAGUCGCAAUAGUGGGGGUGGGUUCUGGCUCUUAGGAAGUUGAUCAUAAAGAACUCACUAGUGUGUUCCCUAUGCAAUGCUGAACAAGAAGAAAUAGGAAAAGAAGUUAAAGAAAAAUUUCACUAGCAAGUACUUCUCCAUCAGCUUGCGACUAUGCCACUUCUUAAAAUAAGAUCACUAUUUUGUCAGUUUAGGCUCCUUACAACUGUGGCUUUGAUUUCUGGCUUCAUUCACUCUGUGGUUUUACCUCUUAGUUCAUCAUGCAAUGAAAUCAGAACUUUUUUUUUUUUUAAAGUUACCUGCCUUAAAAUACUUAGAAUUGAACUGUUACUGCAAAAAUCCCAUGCUUUUAUCUCUGCUAAAACUUGGUUUGGUAAUUAUGUGACAUGGUGUUUCCUAAAAAAGGAGCCAAGCAAAUAGUCUAAAUCUUGUUCUGAAGUCUUUCUUUAAAAAAAAAAAAAAAAAGGCAGCCUGCCUAUUAAUGCAGGCUUUAUUCUGGAAAACAGGUUUUUUUAAAUGUUCAGAAUAGAAAUGUAUGCCUUACUUGAAUGUUGUGCUAUGAAGAGUUGAAUGUUGGCUGUGCAUGUCUAAGAUGAUGUAGUAUUUGGUACAGUUCAAGCCUCAGCUUUCAAAGGCAAUGGAAGGAUUUUAACAUGCUAGAAAGACGAGAAUGUAUUAAUUGUGAUUAAUUCUGGUGUAAAUCUUCAUUAAUUAAGUGUUCCUGGGGAAGAUGAAUUCCAUCAUAAAAUACUGAAUUUUAACAUUUUUAUCACUGCUGCAGAAUCAAUAUAACUGCCACCAACUCCCCAUAUAUUUGCUGAGCAAAUUCAGGUAUCUGCAGUUCAGCAAGCGGAAAGAAAUCAACGUUGAAGUGCUGGGCUGAGACUGUAAUUGUGCUACUUCUAUUUGAAAGAAGGAAGAAAGGAGGACUCUAUGCUAUACUAAGGGAAGUUAGUAGCAAACUUUGUAUGCAUAUAACUUUUUUUUUCCUCCCCAAAAUUAAACCAUGCUUUCAUAAAAAAGCAAU